ACGUGUACUGCCCCAAAAGGCACAAAUCUGAAAAUUGGGUAUAAAAUUUCGGAUCUGCUUCAUCAAUCGGCAUCUUGGCUUUCGAUUCUCGGUAUCUCCAUCAGAUCCCCACAACUUGCAGUCUGAUCCAACGGUUCCUAUUGAAUCUCGCCUUCUCUCACCUCCCCCCAUAAAUCCUCCUUCCCCAGACCUCCUCGUUCUCCCUCAGUCUCUCGUAUUCAUUCGUACCCAACGCCCACAGAAUCCAAAACCUAAAAAGACAAGGAGACGUCUCAGACUCCAAAACUUCGAAAUGAACGUGUUGGAGUCUCCUCUCGAAGCUCUCGCUCUUAACUAUCUGAGCCUUGGCGUCCUCACCGUCGUAAAUAAUCUAUGGACGUGGGUCGCCGUCAUAACCGCCGCAUUCAGCUUCUGGAGAAUCAGAACCGCCGGCAGGUCCACCAUAUCUGCUGCCUUCCUGAAAUCCGGAGACUCUCCGCCUCCUCAUCGCAAUGAUAGAAGCUCAAGCCGAUCUGAGCCGGUUCCCGACGUGUCGUCUGAUGAGCCAACAGCUCCAGUUCCAGCUCCUAGUUCGGGAGUGGGGAUUGGAGAGGUUGAAUUCGACGGAGUGACUAAGGGGGCCAAGUUUGUUGCAGUGUAUAAGGGGGAAGAUAAGUGCAGUCAUGGGCUAACGGCGGCGGUGGAGAAUGAGUGGGAUGAGAACGGCGUGGCUGACCUCGUUGAGUGCGGAGAGUGGUGGGAGAGUUGGGACAAAGCAGCGUUGAGGAUGAGAACGGGGGAGAUGGGGUGGUACAGGUGCCAGGACAUGACGGUGUUAAACGGCAACGUCGUUAGAUUAUGGGAGGUUCCAAGGACGCACAAGGAAUGUAAUUAGGUAAAGACUGAGCUGUCUUGCGUGGUAGUUGGAUUUAGAUGGUGUUUGGGGGUUAGUUGCAAGUUUAUGAAAUUGUAUAUAUAUUAAAUAUAAGCUAUGUACUCUCGUUAGUUCCGACCAACCAAUCAUAUUCGAAAACAUAAUAAUAUUAUGCGAAUCAUGUUUGCUGUUCAA